UCACGUGAAUUCAGUGUCACAAUGUGUGGUAUUUGUUGUGUUGUUACUUUGUGUGGCCAGCGUUCUAUUCCUGAUUUCCUAAGUGAACACACACUCCACCAUCUUAGAAGAAGAGGACCAGACAGCAGCCAACAGUUGGUAAAAACUGUGUCAGAUCUCUCUUACAAAUGCCUGUUUUCUGGCCAUGUACUUCACUUGAGGGGACUGGUGACUCCUCAGCCUCUAGAAGAUGCCAGUAACAAUGUUUUCCUUUGGAAUGGAGAAGUUUUCAAUGGAGUGCAUGUAGGAGAUCUGGAGAAUGACACUCAAGUGAUGUUUCAUCAUCUUACAUUAUGCAGGAGCGAAGAGGACAUUCUGUCACUCUUUUCAUCACUGAGGGGUCCCUGGUCUUUCGUUUAUUACCAAGCAUCUAGACACAGUUUGUGGUUUGGUAGAGAUUAUUUUGGCCGUCGUAGUUUGCUUUGGCAGUUCAGUCAUGAGGCUGACAGUGCCUUCUGUCUCACAUCUGUAAGUGGUUAUUCUGAACCAGGCAACCAAUGGCAAGAAGUCCCAGCAUCCGGAAUUUUCAAAAUUGAUCUCAAAGCUUGUGCAACAACUAAAUCUUUGUCUUUAACAUUGUUUCCAUGGAAGUACUGCUACACGGAGAACGCAGCUGAAGAAACAUUCAUUAAUGUCCUUGACCAAGUGUCAAAAGAUUUGCCAAGCCACAUACAUGUUGGGGUGAAUGAACCAAAGCUGUGCCUCAGAGCGCCAGUCAUCCCCUUAAAUACAGCAAUUGCUGAAGCUUCAGGUGAAUGUACAGGCACUAACAGUAGCAACAUUAUCCAUGAGGUUUCUGUAGAAACCCUCCAAGGAUUUCUCGCAGAGGAAGACAAGAAAAAAUUAGUGUGUAGGUUUAUUGAUGUUUUAAGUGAAGCAGUCAAGAGACGAGUUUUAUGUCUCUUUAGAGACCAAGAUCAGGAAACCAGAGAAGUUCCAAGCAUGUCUCAUAAGAAAGCACGUGUUGCAGUGCUCUUUUCUGGUGGCAUUGAUUCUAUGGUUAUUGCAGCCCUUGCUGAUAAACACGUGCCUUUGGAGGAGCCAGUUGAUCUUCUCAAUGUAGCUUUCAUGAUGAAAGAACAAGCUAAGCACAAGGGUACCACUAAAAAACGUACCAACCAUGAAGUGCAGCUUGAUUUGCUUUGUCCUCAAGAAACCUGCCAAGAUCUUGAUGCUAAAAGUGGUGCUCAUUCAUCUUGCUUUGAUGUUCCUGACAGAAUCACUGGUAGGGCAGGACUGAAGGAAUUAGAAGCCAUUAACCCUUCAAGAACCUGGAACUUUGUGGAAAUUAAUGUCACACUAGAGGAAUUGAAAAAGAUGAGGGAACAGCGCAUUAAUCACCUCAUCUAUCCACUGGACACAGUCUUGGAUGACAGCAUUGGCUGUGCAAUGUGGUUUGCUUCCAGAGGGGAGGGCUUUAUUAGUAACCAAGGAGAACUGAAACCAUAUAAAAGUUCUGCAAAGGUUGUGCUUACAGGAAUUGGAGCGGAUGAACAGCUUGCUGGAUAUUCUCGACAUCGUGUUUGCUUCAAAAAGUACGGCUUAGAGGGCCUGAACAAAGAACUUGAAAUGGAGUUAGGUCGCAUUUCUUCCAGAAAUCUGGGUAGAGAUGACAGGAUUAUCGGUGAUCACGGAAAAGAAGCCAGGUUUCCUUUUCUUGAUGAAGAUGUUGUUUCAUUCCUCAAUUCUCUGCCUGUCUCAGAAAAAGCUGACUUGACUCUCCCUCGAGGAAUGGGUGAGAAGCUGAUCCUGCGCCUUGCAGCCAAGGAGCUGGGCCUCACAGCCUCCGCUGUUCUGCCAAAAAGGGCCGUACAGUUUGGAUCUCGGAUUGCAAAACUGGAGAGCCACAGGGAAAAAGCAUCUGACACAUGCAGCAGGCUGAAGUUAUUUUCAGUAGGUGAAUUAUAGAAGUACAUCUUGAGAUACAUCUAGUCUGUUUGCAAAUGCAGUAAAGCUUUGGAGUUUUCUUAG